GGAAGUCCUAUAUUUGGCGUUCGCCGAGCUGGAGUCAUGGCUGCUUACAUUGUUUUAGGCUAGUUAGCCUUUCGUUGUAUAUUAAUUUGAAUAAUACUGGAACCAAUACCUCGAACAUUCUGCACUUAGUUAUUAUAUCGUUAACCAUUUGCCGACCCACAACAACCAGCUCGUUAUGUCAAAGGGUUUUUGUACCUCAUUAUUUUGCUAUUAGCUAUACAGAACUGUUGGCUAGCCUAGCCAGCAAACGAUAGCCGAUUCAGGUAACGUUCGCUGGCUGAUUUGCCGGCCGAAGAUUGCGCAUUAUUGUAUUGCUAUUCCUUUUAUCAACACAUUAUUGCAAAGUCAGGGGCUUCUAUUAAUAAUUUUGAGUCUCAAUGCCCGAGCAAGGCCCUAGGAUGAAUGGUUUCUCCCUCGGCGAACUAUGCUGGCUGUUCUGCUGCCCGCCCUGUCCAAGUCGUAUUGCAGCUAAGUUAGCAUUUCUCCCACCGGAGCCCACAUACUCCGUGCACACUGAUGCAAAUGGGACGACAAGCCUUCAUUUAACCGAACGUGCUGAUUGGCAAUAUUCCCAACGUGAAUUGGAUGCAGUCGAGGUAUUCAACACCCGGACGAGUAGAGGAAACCGGGUUGGAUGCAUGUUCGUCCGAUGUGCUCCAAACAGUCGGUAUACUUUACUGUUUUCCCACGGCAACGCGGUUGACCUGGGUCAGAUGUGCAGCUUCUACAUUGGCCUCGGCUCGAGAAUCAACUGCAAUGUAUUCUCCUACGAUUACUCUGGUUAUGGCGUGAGCAGUGGGAAACCAUCAGAGAAGAAUCUUUAUGCCGAUAUCGAAGCGGCCUGGCAAGUUCUCAGGAACAAGUAUGGAGUGACGCCAGAGAACAUCAUCCUUUACGGCCAGAGCAUUGGCACGGUGCCCACGGUGGACCUGGCGUCCCGUUAUGAAUGUGCUGCCGUCAUCCUGCACUCCCCGCUCAUGUCCGGCCUGCGCGUUGCCUUCCCUGACACCCGCAAGACUUACUGCUUUGAUGCCUUCCCCAGUAUUGACAAGGUGUCCAAGGUGGCAUCUCCUGUGCUGGUCAUUCACGGCACGGAGGACGAGGUCAUCGACUUCUCACACGGCCUGGCCAUUUACGAGCGCUGCCCUCGCGCCGUGGAGCCUCUGUGGGUGGAGGGAGCUGGCCACAACGACAUUGAGCUCUACGCUCAAUACCUGGAGCGACUCAAACAGUUCAUCUCCUUUGAGCUGCCCGCCUCCUGAAGACCCCCGCUGCCAUCCACCGCCCCUGCACCAACACACACCUAUAACACCCCCCCCCCCCCCCCACACACACACACACACACACACACUCUCACCUCCCCCUCCCCCAGCCCAUGUUCAGUCAGUAGACCCUAACGCACAUAUUUGAUCUGGUCCUCCGUGAAAAGGGGGUUGGAGGAUCUGAUCGGUAUUUUGCACUUGCUACCGAAAGCUGAACAUUUCCCCAGCCUCUUGAAGAUAUGAUCAUUGAUUGCCCAUUUUGUCUGUGUUGGGGUUGUGACUGGAUGGGGGAGGAGAGGAAAAUACAUUUUAAAUAAUUUUGAAGUGACUUUGUAUUCUUUUUUUAUAUACCUGACAAAGAACACUGACAUUUUUUGCACCUCACUUGCGUAUUAAAUGUUUUGUUUUGUUGUAUUAUUUUCUCUCCCUUUGAUUGAUUUUGUUGACUACCCAUGCAGGGUAAACGGAUGCACUUUUUUGUGCUGAAAUUUUCAGGUGAUUGCUCUUUAUGUUCUGAUGUGUUUUUUUUUUUUUUUUUCAUUUGUUGAUUUUCUUGGCAUUCCAUUUUAAUCUCCUUGCAGAAAAUGAGAGGAAUUCAAUGUUUUUUUGUUUGUUUUUUAACUGACAUGGCCAGUGUGUGGUGUGUAUGUGGUAUGACUACACUACCCAGGGAACACUCCUCAAUGAGAAUCUUAAGCUGUGCUGACAACUGGAACACCUGCGGAAAUGGCUCCUGAUUGAAGUAUCACCAUGUACUGUGGGCUUGGUAAGGUUACGGGAAUGUGUUUUGUGGGAUCGGGAGGGUAAUCUUUUGGGGUUUUCAGCUCUGAGAUAUGAUGCUUCAUUUAACUGCGGCAAUCAGGGCUCUCUUAUCUGGGCAUGUGCUAUGUGUCGCCUCCAAAUAAUUCAUGACAUGAUGGUGUGUACAAAUCAGUGUGGAACCAUGUUUAAUUUUUUUUUUUUUUUUUGGGGGGGGUGUCGAGAAGGAUUGACACUACAUCAAAAGCCUUAUGUCCUUUGACAUUUUGCUCCAACAUUCCUUUUAAUAAAAUCUAGGAUGUGGGGUUUCCAUGAUGUUUUUGAGAAGGGGGUACUGCUAGCUGCUAUUUGUUGGAUAAAUCACUGUGAAACCGGACUUUGCUCCACCAAGGUACAGGACUACAUACUGACCACAUAGAGCCAUCUCUCAGCUGCUGCAGUUUUUUGCUGAAUCCUCAACAUCUAAUUCACUCCCCUUAAAAACGCUGAACCUCUUCUCAGUUAUGGAGGUCCUGCUUUAGCUACAGGACAACUUGGCAUUUUCAAAUGUAUAGAUGUCUGGUGAAUAACAUAGGGCCAUCACAAUUUUUGGAUUUUUUUAUUUUUAUUUUUUUGGCUGCUGCUGAUUGUCUGCUGAAGGGGGGGGAAUCCUCAACAAGAGGAGAAAUGACUGUUAUUAGGUUGUCAUCGAUGCUGGAUAUGACAUUUGAAGGAUUAAGGAUUUUUUUUUUUUUCUGGAAAAGGGAUUUGUGAUGGGUAAAAUUUCACUUCAUUAUCGUGUUGCUGUAAGGUGAUGUCCGGGGGGGUGCUGAUUUGACUAUUGUGUCAUGGAAUGUUGUUGUUGUUCUUUGUCAUGAUUGAAGUGGUCUGAUGAUGGAAGAAAUGAGCCCUCUAGUCUAUAAUAUUGCUCCUUAAUGUUUUUUUUUUUUUUGUUUUUUGUUUUUUUAAAUAUACCUUUUUAGGGAAUGACUGAAGAUGAAUCAAAUGGAGCCCUGUUGCUUUUGAUACUGAUGUUUUUACAGUGUUUCCAGUAACUGAAUCUAUUUACACCUCUUUAAAUGCUGGUUUGUAAGAUAAUUAACUAUACACCUAUCUCAUCUAUAGACAUGUAAUACAUGAAUAAUGGUAUAUAGCCUUCUUGAUUUUUUUGACACUGGAAUAACUGUAUGCAACUAUAAUGCAGAAAACCUAGGUGGUACAAAAUGUUGUUAGUGUAAGUUUUGACUAUAAAAAUCAAAAAGCCUUAAAUGUGCCGUGAGACAGAUUAAUGUUCUUCAUGUUGGCUUUUGUUGCCUCAAAGCAGCAACAAUGGAUGUCGUCUUGCUCAUAAAGGAAUAAAGGAUGCAUGGAAUCUCA